AUGUCAAAACACGUCAUAGAAUGCCAGGAGCACUACGGGGCGGUCAUUGAUGCGGUGCGCGACCGGUACUUCGGCGCGGACGUCGCCGCCAACAGCGGCGAGUGGUUCUCAGGCCGGCGGGACUUUCUCGCGGCUCUGGCGCACAUUCUUGAAGAGGCCCGGGAACUCAGGGCGCGGCUGUCAGACGUGGAGGCGCGAGUGCAAAAGGAGAAAGCGGCGUGGUACCGCGAAGUCCUUGUCCGGCACCCUUACUUCCUCGAUGUCGCAGAGCGGUCUGCGGCGUCCACAGCGGCGGCCGGCAGCGGCGUGAAUGAAGAGCUAAGCGAGCUCACCCGCGCUCUAGCGGACGAGGCGCAGUCGACCGAGGACCUCGCGCGCGUCGUGCGCAAGGGGAUCGGGAGGGUUAGGGGCCGCCCGAUCAACGUGGAAGACUAUCUCGCGGCUGUAACGGGUGCACAGGCAACGGGUGACGUGAAACGGGCAAAGGAGGAGGUGAUCCAAUUCCUCUUCGAGGUCAACGGCUCCGGCAAGAUCCUUGAGGGCUCGGAGAAGUACGCCGACAUGUACCGCACCACCGAUGACCUUUCCAUCGAGCGCGUCAUCGACGCAAUCGACGCCGCCCGCCGCGCCGCCACUGUGGGCAGUGCCCCGGGCGCGCCGGUCGAUAGGCAGGCGGGGCCGACCCUUGGCGCUGCGACAAGCGCAACCUCUGUCGAGGCGCAAACAUUCACAGAACACGGGAGGCGCAGGGAGCAGGUCCGCCGCGCGCAAAAGGAACAGGACCAGAGGCGCACCGCGGCGGAAGAGAAGCGGCGGCACAUGGACGACCUCCAGCGGGCGAAGACUGCUCAUAAGAAGAUCCAGACCGCCAAGUCGGAGAAGAAGCACCGCCAGCUGCCCCGAGAACUCUACGACACGCCGCCCUGUAAGGCGUGCUCCAAGACGGUGGACCCCAAAAACUUGAUUGCGUGCUCGCUAUGUCAGGUGCUCGUGCUUAUGGGACUGCAGCCGGCUCAGGUUACCUACUGCUCCACCGAGUGCUUCGAGAAAGCCCAUAAGAACCACCUCGAGGACAGUCACACCUGCGAGGCAGGCAAGUACUGUAUCCAAAUCCGAGGCGCCCAACACAGCGCGGUAGCCCCCGCCAAGGACGCUGCCGAUCUCCCCGCCGCAGGUGACGAGAACCCCGUGUCUGCCUAUGCAAGGAAGGCUCAUCGCGCCAUCUGGGACGAUGUCAAGUCCCAGAAACAACAUCAACAGCAGCAACAGCAACAGCAACAGCAGCAGGAGGAGGAGCACAAGCAAAAGAACGAGAAGCACCGGCAGACAUGUCAGGAAAAGGACCAGCCGGCGAGCGAUGCUAACAGGACCCACGAAGAGGAGGCUGCUGCCGCUGCGUACCUCUCUAACGUGGACAAGUUCGUCGAGAGCCUGGAAGACGUUUUCCAGUCUAGGAUCGGAAGUAAACUAACAGGCAAGGAGGUCAAGGUGGAAUACCUUCCGCCCGGAAAAUAA